AUGGUCAAACUAGCGUUAGGAGCUUUAGCGAUCGCAGCGGCUGCCUCGGCAGUGCAGGUGAACCCGGCGGCAACUAGUUACAUCUAUCGAAGCGACAACGGUGGCCCAGCAAGCCUUAUUCAGCUAGGAGCUCAUGGGUACCCAGCCUUACCUCUACCUGCACCAAUCGUAGAGCCUUUGAAACCCAUAGAAGCAUACGCUAUUGGUCCCGUCCCGUUACCAUAUGUCGCUGCCAAACCAAUCGUAGUUGUUGAUGAAGAGGGUGAUGAUAGCGAAGAAGAUUACGAAGAUAGUGCCGAAGGAUUAGAUCACGGUCAUGCAUACGAAAAAGGGGGUGGCAGCAAUUAUGGCGAAGAAUACCACAAGGCUCAUGGCGAGAAAGGAAGUAAAGGAUAUAAGUCUAAUGGACAUCAUGCUAAGGGUGCAUCGGGUCACUACGGGAAGGAACACAAAGAAGGGUAUUACAAUGAAAAUGAAGGAGACAAGGGACUGAAAUACGACAAAGCUGAUUCCCACGGGAAACAUUACGAAUCUGGAGAAAGUUACAAGGGUGGAGAUCAUGGACAUAAGAAGCAUUUCAGCAAGGGCGAAGAAGUGACUGGAUAUCAUAAGGUGUUCAACAAGGAUGAGUUUAAGAAGGACCAUGAUUUCUACGAUGUUGCAGAUAACAGUGGACACUUCAAUAAACAUGGUUAUGAGAAGAAGCACCACGAUGCUGAGGAAGGAGGUCAUAAAGAAGGUGGACAUCAAAAAGGUGGUUUUGAUAAAGGUGAGUUCGGGAAAGGUGGUUCAUAUGCUGAAGGGGACGUUGAUGAUGCUGAAAACAAUCAUUCCGCUGAGGAAGAACAUGAAAGUCACUAUGGCAAGGGUGAAGAAUACGGCAAGAAGGGAGGAAGUGGACACGAGAAGGAGUAUGCUUACGACGAUGAUGAUGAAGAAGAAGAUUAUUAA